UCAGCACUUCAGCAGGGGCUUCGUGAGCUGUUCAUCGUCCGUCUGCGCCUCGCACUGAUGCUUCUGCUGCUGGUUUUCCCCCCUGUGGUGCUGCUUGCGUCGCUGUCUGAGCUGCGGGCAGUCAGCAUCAUCAUUACCAUCUGCGGCCGGACUCGUCUGCGAGGUGGGAUCAGCAGACCGGCGCGAGGGAGAUGCGACAGAGGAAGGAGAUCCCUCGGCUGUCGAGUCAGACGGGGCGUUUUCGGCAUACUCGUGGGCCGCCUCCUUCGCCUCCCUGAAACACGACAAAUCAGGGACACACCACCACACUGUCGCUGAUCCCAUCCCACGUGCCCACGUGUGCUGCGUGCGGAUCUACCACUGACGCAACACCUCCGCAAUGAUCCUGUCGCUUCGCUGCUCUUCUUCGUAGACGCUCACUCGGUACCUGAACCGCUUCUUGCUGUCCUCGUCCUUGAAGUUGCCUUGGGCAUCCAGGCAGUUGUACAGAUCCAGCAGCUGACCACGUCGCAGUUGCUUGACGUCCAGGGAUUUCUCCGAAAAGCGAUCUCCGGACUCCAUGCCGCUCUUGAUGACUCCCCCUUCUACGCUGGCGACGAGGUGGCUAUGCGACACACCCAUCGGGACUAGGCGGAGGGAGGGUAUUCGG